AUCGUAUUGCGUUACUCAUUUUUCAACCCGAGUGAGUCGGCCCGAGGUUUUUCUUCUCUUUCUUUCCCGCGGCCGCCUUUAGGGAUUUAUAUAUGUCAUGAAAUUGUCUCUAGAUGUAGGACUUUGAUUUUUUUGUAAAUUUCUUAAAAUGAACUCAGGAUUUUGAAUGCUGUUCUUGGCAGAGGGAAAGUAAGACUGCGUUCAAAAUUAAAAUUCCAGUAAGAAGCAGACGAGCUAAGACACAGAGGAUAGAGAGAAUUCCAUAUCCAGAUAUCUUUCAUAUUCCAUUUAACUUAUCGUUGACCUUAUUGAAAGAAAAUGAGGACUUUAGAAUAUUCCAAGUGUUGUGCAUUGAUAGUGACAUUUUUAACGUGUGUGGGGGCAACUUAUUUCAAAACUCAGCUGCAGGCCCUAAGGACACGACCAGUUUACUACCCUUACAGAACGAUAUCAGGAAACAGCGAUGGUAACUUUUGCAGUAAAUCUAUAAUCACAUAUCAGUCCAAAUGGUGCUGGGACCAAAUACAACAUAAGUGGGUGGCCAGGCCCCAGCCCGUCCGUCAGACGGUGAAGCAGUGCUGCCCAGGAUACGAAGGCCAAAACUGUGAUAAACAGUGCUUUACUUGUGAUCAGUAUCAUAAAUUAUCCAAUCAAGUUACAACGUUAGAAAGAGAGUUGCGAAAUCGAGGCAAUACGACGACAAAAAUAACCGGCAGGGGUCAAAAAGGAGAUCCUGGACUUCCAGGUCGUCAAGGACCACGUGGUCCGCAAGGAGAACCGGGAUUGGUUGGACUGCCGGGUCAAAAAGGUGACCCGGGUUUUCCAGGACCACCUGGACUUACGGGAGAAAGAGGAAGAGAUGGAUUACCUGGGGAACCAGGGAAACCCGGUAGAAAAGGUGACCCCGGGCCCAUCGGCCCACGUGGUCUUGAAGGGAUCCCGGGAUCGGACGGUAUCAUGGGACCCCCAGGGGUACCAGGUCCAAAGGGCGAGAAGGGAGAUGCCGCAGGAGACGGGAUUACAGUCGACCAGUACACGUUCCUGGUGGAGAAAAUAGACAAAUUAGACAAAAAGAAUGUUACCGCCGGUAAAGAUGGUCUACCCGGACCCCCCGGGCCUCAAGGACCAGAGGGUAUACAGGGAAUACCUGGAUCUCCAGGGUCCAAGGGUGUCCCCGGGGAUAGGGGCUUGCCUGGGCUGCCAGGGACACCAGGACCAAUAGGAUUACCAGGUGAGCCCGGUAGGGUGGGCAAUCCGGGACCAAAAGGGGAGCGAGGUGAAACGGGACUUCCCGGGGCCCCCGGUCCAAUGGGUCCACAAGGAAAGACCGGAAUUAGCGGCGAACCCGGACGUCCGGGUACCCCAGGUUUACCAGGAACUCCAGGCGAGAAAGGGGAAGCAUCCCAAUUUCCUAUUUCAGUGGCUGAAUACAAACUUCUGGUAAACCGUGUUGAGGAGCUGGAAAAGACCGUUGCCAUAUGCUGUGCAGCUACCACAACCCCUGUGUCAACAACCCUGCCAUUCAGAUGUGAGGCUGACCAGCAUAUGUGUGGAGGCAGCAACCCUCGCUGUAUACCUCGGAGCUUUGUGUGUGACGGACUUGGAGACUGUGAUGACGGGUCCGACGAAUUCGAAAGCGUGUGUGGUACAUUUCCUCCAUCUUGUCCUGAAGGCUUGUUUGCUUGUAGCAAUGGUCAGUGCGUAAGAACAGACGCCAAAUGUAAUGGAGUAGCCGAUUGUUCUGAUGGAAGUGACGAAGUAGACUGCAAAGAUGAUGACAUUGAUUUUAGUGGAGACAAUAGUGGCGUCAACAGAGAAAGUACACUGGUGUUUGAACUUUUGGGAAAGAAAAUAGGAAGUGAAGGGGAAGAAACCGACGCGCCUGCGCCUGCGCUUGAUGUCAAUAAAACUGAAUAUAGUUUAGUUGGAGAACGUAUCAAUUUAAAAGAUGGCAGAGAAGGAACAUCGACUUCUAACAUAAAUACCCACAAUGGAAUGGACAACCAAAACAAAACCAGACAUGCUUCUUUGAGAUCUCUGUUUGAUUUUAUCCCACCUCCUCCCAUUCCUGCGCAGGGAAAACUGCGAGAGAGCUUGCUAUCACAUGUGCGAAAUUUUUCAAGUUGUCCAGAAUGUCGCAAUUUUGCAUUGGAACAUUAUCAAAAUGAUCACAUUCGGCUUCAGAGAGAGGAGGUCAAGGAAGGAGUGAACUUUCUUCAGUUAUAUAGGGCUGAACCAAUGCAAUAUGUCGUAAACAACAAUGGUGGAUCCAAUUGUAGCUCACCAUAUUUGAGACGAGUGUGGCUUCUCCUCAUAAAAAUUCUGAUUUUAAGAAUCUUCUAGAAGAAUGUUUGGUUUGAAGAUGACGUUUCUUUUCUUUUGUCUUAUUCGUUCGGUUAGUUUUUCCUUUGUGUUCGUUCUAUUUGACAUGCGUUUUACAUUAGAACUUAAGAAUAAAGAAAAAGUUCCUACCU